UGAGAGGGCGUCACUUUCCUCUCUGCUUCCGCUCCAGCGCUCCUAGCUGCCCAAGUAUCUCUCUCGCUCGCUCGAGUCUUCCCACCAUCACCAUUCCCGCAGUAACUUGUUGAGCAGCAACGGUGACGGUCAGAGACCACAGAGAUCAGCUGAACUCAUUUAGAAUUGGUUUGCAUCUUUGAUCUCUUCAACUGACUCCGACCAGUCGUACGGUCUCAUUCUCUUUUUUCGCCUAGUCACAUUUGGUGGAUAUUUGUCCCGUUUAAACCCAGAGCAACUCUACUAUCAAAAUGAAAAGACAUAUAGAGUGGUUCACUGGACCCGAUCAGACGUUGAAGGAUCGCUCUCGGUUCUGGACUUGGAACAUGCGCGGACUUCAUGGCGAUAUGGAUACAAGAUACGAGGGCGAUCGCCGUUCAUCAACGCAUACGGGACCUGCAGGCCGUCACCUCUACACUAGCUCAGAGCCGAGCGGUUUCAACUUCCGUCCACUAGCCUCCAACACCUACGGCUACCAUCCGAAAGGUGUUUCUCUUCAUCGUAGACCGGAAGCAGGACUUGCCGCCCAGCACGCCUUGGCUCACGAAAUGGCUCCCGUCGUGGACAACAAACGCCCUAACUGGUCCACAUCGCUGAAACCGUUGGACGACGUGAUGCUGAUGCGCGAACCCCGCUCGGCGUCGGUCCCCCCGCGCCGUUCCAUGCUUCCCGCUGGUAGCUCCCUUCGCGGCAUGCCGAUCGAUCCGGCUCUGGACGACUUGCUCAAUAACCGGACCUGGUCAGAGACGCGUACCGCUUCGCCAGAAGAAUUGGAUGAAGCCGAGAAGGCCUUACACAAAUUGAAACAGAUUGUCGGCUUUUGCAAGCCAUACGACAGACACUGUCAUAACGCAAUCGGAAGCGUUGAAGAUAUCCUCCGUAACGUCGAAAGGAACUCCGGGAAAGCUGCUAUGAUGGCCUCCAAGUUUUCUCCUGAACCGAAAUCUGUCAAAUUCGACCCGCGUUACAUCGAUUGAUGUGUUUGGCCUGAUCAAAACUUUUAUUUUUUUAUUUUUCACUUGUUUUUUUUUUCUUCUUUAAACCUAUCUGACUUUUUAAAAAUGUCACGAUUCAUUGCAACGUACAUCAUAGAUUUUGUUGUAGCGUAGUUUAUAUGAAUUAGUUCAAGGAUUAUAGCACAUCUUUUAUAGUCAACUCGCUGCCCCUUCAUACCCAGAACAAUUUAGACGUCUCGAAUGUUCAUCAUUCUUUGUAAGUCUGCUUCUGAUUUUUCCUUCAAGCCUUACCAUCUGUUUCAAUACAUCGACUGACCAGGGAAUUGAA